GAAAGGGGAAGUGAGCCAAAGCCUCUCUGAGGGUUUGCCUGCCGCCUUUUUGGUCUGAGUUUCCACAUCCAGGUGCUGGUCCACCAGUGACCCUGGACAGUAACAAAACAUAAAAAGCCCGAGCCCACCUCCCGCCACCAGCAUAGGUUCAGUAGCUCGUUUGGAAAUCAGUAAACCAUGGCAUCUAAGAAAUUUGCCAUUAAAUGUGAAAAUUUUGCUAUCCUCGUGGAUCUUCAUAUAGUGCCGCAUGGUUCAAACAAAGAUUCCAGUUGGUUUUCUGAACAGAAGAAAGAGGAAGUUUGCUUGCUGUUAAAAGAAACCAUUGAUUCCAGAGUUAAGGAGUACGUUGGCAUGUAUAAACAGCACAGGCCAUCAAAUGCAGAAUUCACAAGAUCCAAUCCCUUGUCCUUAAAAGGUUUUGGCUUGCAGAUCACAGCCUAUUUCCUCAAGAGAGGGAUACACCUUCGUUGUAUUCAGAGUUCACAGAAUACUGAACUUCGUGUAUUUCCUGACAGAUUUGUGGUCUGUGUUAGUCAGCUUGCAUUCGGUCCUGAUACUUGGGCAAGCCAGAAUCAAAAGUUGCCAAAAAGAACCCUCCAUGGAGUAUCUGACUAUUUUGCUGAGUGUGUAGAGAGUUCUCCUUCUCCUGGUACAAAGCUCAAGAGAAACACUCUACAAGAACUUGUGAGAAGAACUGAAGCAAAAAGCAGUUCUGGGAGCAAAUCACAGAGCGGUAAGGGCGCUGCGGGAAGAUCUAGUGAUUCAGUCAUUACUGUGGUACCAAGGAGGAGGGAUGCCUCAGCCAUUAUCCCGUCAGAAUCCAUGGGUCAUGCACAGGAUGACAUAAAAGCAGCCAAGAGCCACCGGGAGCUUCCUGUUCAAGCACUGGAAAAUGUUUCUCAGACUCAGCCAGAAGACACUAUCAGCCAGCAACAACCUCAUCCCGGGGAGUGGGUAAAGACGGGGCUUCUAAGCAGGAGCCCUCUGUGUAGCUAUGAGUCAGCACCACCAGGUCCAAAGCAAAGUCCACGAGCGGCCAAGACACAACAGAAAGGCAGGAACUGUGGCUCUGCCAAAGACUCUGACCACCACAGGAGAGUUUCUCUUGGAAGUGAUGGGUUCGUCCCAGGAGAUGUGAUGGUGGAAAAGAGCACAGCUGUCAGUGUUUUGCCAGCAUUAGAGCUGUCAGAUCCAGGGCUGCUUUUGAAUCAAGAUUUGGCAAAAGCUACAGCUAAAGAUGAGCCACAUGCUUUGGAAAAUCUCUCCUCCAGACACCUUAUGACUAACAACCCAGGGCAGGCACAGCAAACCGCCUCAGCUACACCUGAUGAAAGCUUAGCUACAGUUCAAGGAGGCCCAAGCAAGAAAAGAAAGAAAUUGCAAAGUUCUAGCAGAGGAUGUAGUGACAAGAAAAACUUGAGUGUCUAGUUCCUGGGUUCUGAAAAGAAUUGGGGUAAUUACUUUAAAUAAACACAUAUUUAGAGGCUGGAGGGAUGUCUCAGCUUUUAA